AUGGAAGGCUUAUUAUCAGAUUUCAAUAUACACAGGAUUCAGUUGAAGAACGUGACUGAUGUCACGAUGUUUAUAUUGACGGGCUUCACAGAUGGCUUGGAGCUGCAAGUAUUGCUAUUUUUAGUAUUUUUUCCAAUCUAUCUUUUUACUCUGGUAGGAAACUUAGGACUGGUUGUAUUGGUCAUUGACAAUUCCACCAUCCACANUCCCAUGUACUAUUUUCUGAGUGUUUUGUCAGUCUUGGAUGCCUGCUAUUGUACAGUUACCACUCCAAAAAUGUUGGUUAAUUUCUUGUCAGAUAACAAAUCCAUUUCAUUAUCUGGAUGUGCAGCACAGAUGCUUUUCUUUGUUACUUUAGGAACCACGGAAUGCUUUCUCUUGGCUGCAAUGGCUUAUGAUCGCUUUGUAGCCACCUACAACCCACUUCUGUAUUCAGUGAGAAUGUCACCCAGAGUCUACGUGCCACUCAUGGUUGCUUCCUAUGUCGGUGCCAUUUUACAUGCUACUAUACAUACAGUGGCCACAUUCAGCCUGUCCUUCUGUGGAUACAAUGAAAUUAGACACAUCUUUUGUGAUAUCCCUCCUCUCCUUGCGAUUUCUUCUGACACUCACACAAACCAGCUUCUACUCUUCUACUUUGUCGGCUCCAUUGAGAUAGGCACUAUCCUGAUUGUCCUGAUCUCCUAUGGGUUCAUUCUGUUGGCCAUUCUGAAGAUGCACUCUGCUGAAGGAAAACAGAAAGUGUUCUCUACAUGUGGUUCUUACCUAACUGGAGUGACAAUUCAUCAUGGGACAAUCCUCUUCAUUUUUGUUAGACCAAGUUCAAAGUAUACUUUGGAGCAUGACAUGAUAGUGUCAAUAUUUUAUACUAUUGUGAUUCUCAUGCUGAACCUCAUCAUCCACAGUUGGAGUAACAAAAAUGUAAAAGAGGCAAUGAAAAGAUGA